AUGGCGGCGCGGGGCCAUGUGCAGGACCCCAACGACCGGCGCCUCCGGCCUAUCUACGAUUAUCUUGAUAAUGGCAAUAAUAAAAUGGCAAUCCAGCAGGCAGAUAAACUGCUAAAAAAACACAAAGAUCUUCACUGCGCUAAGGUUUUAAAGGCAAUCGGCUUGCAGAGAACUGGGAAACAAGAUGAAGCAUUUGCUCUCGCACAAGAAGUAACAGCACUCGAACCUACAGAUGACAACUCUUUGCAAGCACUAACUAUCCUUUACCGGGAAAUGCAUAGACCGGAGUUGGUAACAAAACUUUACGAGGCAGCUGUAAAGAAGGUUCCCAACAGUGAGGAGUAUCAUUCUCAUCUCUUCAUGGCUUAUGCCAGGGUCGGGGAAUACAAGAAAAUGCAACAGGCUGGAAUGGCACUUUAUAAGAUUGUCCCCAAAAACCCUUACUACUUUUGGUCUGUGAUGAGCCUAAUUAUGCAGUCUAUUUCAGCACAAGAUGAAAAUCUCUCCAAAACAAUGUUUUUGCCCCUAGCUGAAAGAAUGGUGGAAAAAAUGGUGAAGGAGGAUAAGAUUGAAGCUGAGGCUGAAGUUGAACUUUACUACAUGAUACUGGAACGUUUGGAGAAGUAUCAGGAAGCCUUGGAUGUUGUUAGAGGAAAACUAGGAGAGAAGUUGACUAGUGAGCUCCAGAGUCGAGAGAAUAAGUGUAUGGCGAUGUAUAAGAAGCUGUGCAAGUGGCCAGAAUGCAACGCACUGUCCAGGAGGUUGCUACAGAAAAACUCGGAUGAUUGGCAGUUCUAUAUAAUUUACUUUGAUUCAGUCUUUCAACUCAUUGACAAAUCCUGGACUCCUCCAGCAGAAGGAGAGCACUCUCUGGAAGGAGAAGUGCAUUAUUCUACAGAGCAAGCUGUGAAAUUUAUAGAGGAGAGGAUAACAGAAGAAGCUAAGAGUUCUCGGCCACUUCGGGGACCCUACCUAGCCGAACUGGAGCUGAUUAGACGUUUGCGACACAGGGGUUGUAAGGAUGAAUAUAAACUAGGUGACCCAGAAGAACUAAUGUUCCAAUACUUCAAAAAGUUUGGGGACAAACCCUGCUGUUUCACUGAUCUCAAGGUAUUUGUGGACCUCCUCCCAUCUAGCCAGUGUACAAAGUUCAUCAGUCAGUUGCUGGGAAUCAUUCCUUUGUCAGCACCAGCGGAGGGUAAACUUGCACUACCAGCUGACAUCAAAGCUUUGCAACAACACUUGUGUGUGGUUCAGCUAACAAGAUUGCUUGGUCUCUAUCACACCAUUGACAAAAAACAAAAGCUGAGUGUAGUCCGGGAGUUAAUGUUAAGAUACCAGCAUGGAUUGGAGUUUGGGAAAUCUUGUUUGAAAACUGAAUUGCAGUUUUCAGAUUAUUACUGUCUGCUUGCAGUUCACCUGCUUCUGGAUAUGUGGCUAGAGGCAGGUGAAGAGAUGGCCGUGUGGCAGUCCUUGACUUUAUUAGAAGAAGGAUUAACCCACAGUCCUUCUAAUGCUCAGUUCAAAUUACUGCUCAUUCGAAUUUACUGCAUGCUUGGUGCAUUUGAACCUGUUGUGGAGCUUUAUUCCAGCCUUGAUGCUAAGCACAUACAGCACGACACCAUCGGUUACCUUCUGACACGCUAUGCAGAGUCCCUGGGUCAAUAUGCUGCUGCAUCCCAAUCCUGCAAUUUUGCACUCAGGUUUUUCCACUCCAACCAGAAAGAUACCUCAGAAUAUAUUAUUCAAGCCUACAAGUAUGGUGCAUUUGAGAAGAUCCCAGAAUUCAUUGCUUUUAGGAACAGGCUGAAUGCCUCACUUCACUUUGCACAAGUCCGCACUGAACGGAUGUUGUUAGACCUCUUACUUGAAGCAAAUAUAUCAACCAGUUUAGAAGAAAGUAUAAAGUCCAUGAGUCUGAGUCCAGAGGAAGAUGAUAUUCCAUGGAAAGAUUUGCAUGACAACAGAGACCUAACGGUCUUAUUUAAUUGGGAUCCAAAAGACAGGGACAUUUCUGAGGAGCAUAGGAAACUGUCAUUGGAGGAAGAAACCAUCUGGUUGCAAAUCCGAUCUUUAACUUUAAGGCUAGUAAGCGGACUCCCAACUCUUAGUCAUACUGUUCACCCAAAGAACUCUGAAAAGACUGCUGAGAAUGGUGUCUCAUCCAAAAUUGAUAUGAUACGGUCUCUGCUUCAACAACUGGAAACGGCAGUGGAUUCAGGGAAGCAGUUUCUUGAGCAGAAAAUUCAGUAUCCUGUCCUUGGCCCUCCUCCUACCCGAAUGGCUGGCUUCUUCAGUAAUGGCAGCUGUCAGUGCCAGACUAGCUUGUUUUAUCUUGUUAGUGAUAUUUAUGAACUAGAUACCAAUGGCUUAGAAGAUUCAACAGAAAUCCAAGAGAGGAUAGGGAAUAGUUUUAAAUCUUUACUAGAACAAUUAACAGACUUGUUCAAUAAAUGUAAAAGUGACUUGAUGGAAGUCAGAGAUGGCAUCUUGAAAACUCAUCCUAACAUUUUAGAAAACUUAGUCUUCUUUGUUGAGACAAUGUCCAUCACCCUAUGGGUGUCAAGUUACUGUGAUAGUGUCCUGCGACCCUUCAAAUCGAGCUUACAGAAAAAGAAAAAGAAAAAAAAAGAAACCAGUGUAGUUAUGCCUCCUGUAUUUACCAGUUUUUUGGAUUAUGUAACUGAGCUACAGACGUUAACUUCCAAUGUUAUAGACCAUAUCAAAGGGCUCGAAAUCAUUCUGACUGCACUUAAACUUGAAGAACUGUCCAUAGAUGACACUUUCCUUUCACAGGAAGAAAAAAAGUUUACAAAGACUGUGCAAGGAAAGGUCCAGAGCAGUUACCAGCACUCAAUUCAGGAAAUUGGGGAGCUGCUGAAAAAGAGACUUGAUACCAUAAAAAAACUAAAGAUUUAA